AUGUCAAAAGAAGAUAAAGCACGGGCAGCAGCAGCGCAGCUGUUGAUCGAUGAUGAACCGGAUGACUGGGACAAGCGCAUCUACAGCACCGGCUGCGCAGACGAAAAUGCAAAGUUGACAGAUUGCUACUACGAGAAGAAGGAUUGGCGAGCGUGUAAGCAAGAGAUGGAAAUCUUCCGGCAAUGCUGGCAGCGACAUGGUAAUGAUAAGAGAACAGACUCGAAAGACGCUUCAUAG